CCGCCAUUGCUCCGCGCUGAUGGCGAGAGCCUUGUUCCGCAGAUAGCGUUUAUCACCCGUCGUGGUCAACGGGCCAGCCGAGUCUGGAGUGGUUGCGAACCCUUGUGGCUGCAGAUCCGGAGGUGGAGGCAGUACCCCGGACUCUAUCCUGCUGCCCCUUCAGGGUUUGGAGGAGCCGGAGGCGCGAAAUUCCUCCGGUUUCAAGGCGGCGGGACGGGACAGAAUUAAUCUGCCUUAACUCUGUCCUGCUGCAGACCCGGGGCGGUUGCCUGACCCUAAUCUCAUCCCUCGCGUCCUGUCACCUCCAGCGAGGCACACAAAACUGACCAUAGCGAUGGCCACCAGGGUCCGGACAGCUUCUAUUUGGGUCCCACCUCUCCAAGAACGAAACAGUUCAUGGGAUAGGAUCCGAAAGCUUCAAGGUCAGGAAUCCAUCUUGGGCCAAGGGACUCCUGGUCUGCAACCUCUCCCUGGAGCACCCAGGCAGAAGCAGAAGAGUCACAGAACAGAGAAAGUCCUAGAGUGGCUGUUUAUUUCCCAAGAGCAGCCAAAAAUCACCAAGUCCUGGGGACCUUUGUCAUUCAUGGAUGUGUUUGUGGAUUUUACGUGGGAGGAGUGGCUGCUGCUAGACCCAGCACAGAAGUGCCUGUACAGGAGUGUGAUGUUGGAGAACUAUAGCAACCUGGUGUCCCUAGGGUAUCAACACACCAAACCUGAUGUCAUCUUCAAGUUGGAACAAGGAGAAGAGCUGUGUAUGGUACAGGCCCAAGUUCCAAAUCAGUCCUGUCCAAUUUUGAAGGCUGGAAAGUCCAAAGCCAAGGUGCUGGCAGGUUUGGUGUCUGGUGAGGGCCUGCCCUGUGCUUCCAAGAUGACGCCUUGUUGCUGCAUCCUCUGGAGACACAGUCUGGAAAAUUGAUGAUCUUAUGGAUUGGCAUCAGGAAAAUAAAGACAAGCUGGGAAGUACAGCAAAAAGCUUUGAAUGCACUACAUUUGGAAAACUAUGUCUUCUUAGUACAAAGUAUCUUUCAAGACAGAAAUCUCAUAAAUGUGCCACGCAUGGAAAGAGUUUGAAAUAUAUAGAUUUCACUAGUAAUUAUGCUAGAAAGAAUCCUAAUGGGUUUCAGGUACAUGGAAAAUCAUUCUUCCAUUCUAAACAUGAGCAAACUGUUAUUGGAGUAAAAUACUGUGAAAGCAAUGAAUCUGGAAAAACUGUCAAUAAGAAAUCACAACUUAUGUGCCAACAAAUGUAUAUGGGUGAAAAACCCUUUGGAUGCAGCUAUUGUGAGAAAGCCUUCGGCAGCAAGUCAUACCUUGUAGUGCAUCAGCAAACUCAUGCCGAAGAGAAACCCUAUGGGUGUAAUGAAUGUGGGAAAGACUUCAGUAGUAAAUCAUACCUCAUUGUACAUCAGAGAAUUCAUACAGGAGAGAAACUACAUGAAUGCAGUGAAUGCAGGAAAACAUUCAGUUUCCAUUCACAGCUUGUUAUACAUCAGAGAAUUCACACAGGUGAGAAUCUCUGUGAGUGCUGUGAAUGUGGGAAAGUCUUCAGUAGGAAAGACCAGCUUGUUUCACACCAGAAAAGUCAUUCAGGACAGAAACCAUAUGUGUGUAAUGAAUGUGGGAAAGCUUUUGGUUUAAAAUCACAGCUCAUUAUACAUGAAAGAAUUCAUACAGGAGAGAAACCAUAUGAAUGCAAUGAAUGUCGGAAAGCCUUUAAUACAAAGUCAAACCUUAUGGUACAUCAGAGAACCCAUACAGGGGAGAAACCUUAUGUUUGUAGUGAUUGUGGAAAAGCCUUUACAUUCAAGUCACAGCUCAUUGUACAUCAGGGGAUUCACACAGGAGUGAAGCCUUAUGGGUGUAUUCAGUGUGGUAAAGGAUUCAGUUUGAAAUCACAGCUCAUUGUACAUCAGAGAAGUCACACAGGAAUGAAACCUUAUGUAUGCAAUGAAUGUGGCAAAGCCUUCAGGAGCAAGUCAUACCUUAUUAUACAUACAAAGACUCAUACAGGAGAAAAACUCCAUGAAUGCAACGAUUGUGGGAAAGCCUUCAGUUUUAAAUCACAGCUCAUUAUACAUCAGAGGAUUCAUACAGGAGAGAACCCCUAUGAAUGCCAUGAAUGUGGGAAAACCUUCAGUCGGAAAUACCAGCUUAUUUCACACCAGAGAACUCAUGCAGGAGAGAAGCCUUAUGAAUGCACUGACUGUGGAAAAGCUUUUGGUUUAAAGUCACAGCUUAUUAUACACCAGAGAACUCAUACAGGGGAGAAACCAUUUGAAUGUAGUGAGUGUCAGAAAGCCUUUAAUACAAAGUCAAACCUGAUUGUACAUCAGAGAACUCAUACAGGAGAGAAACCCUAUAGUUGUAAUGAAUGUGGAAAAGCCUUUACAUUCAAAUCGCAGCUCAUUGUACAUCAAGGAGUGCACACUGGAGUAAAACCCUAUGGAUGCAGUCAAUGUGAAAAAACCUUUAGUUUGAAGUCCCAGCUCAUUGUACAUCAGAGAAGUCACACAGAAGUAAAACCAUAUGGAUGCAGUGAGUGUGGGAAAGCCUUCAGGAGCAAGUCAUACCUUAGUAUACAUAUGAGAACUCAUACGGGAGAGAAACCACAUGAGUGCAGGGAAUGCGGGAAAUCCUUUAGUUUCAAUUCACAACUCAUUGUGCAUCAGAGAAUUCACACAGGAGAAAAUCCCUAUGAAUGCAGUGAAUGUGGGAAAGCCUUUAAUAGGAAAGACCAGCUCAUUUCACAUCAGCGAACUCAUGCGGGGGAAAAGCCUUAUGGGUGCAGUGAAUGUGGGAAAGCUUUUAGCAGCAAGUCAUACCUAAUUAUACACAUGAGAACUCAUUCAGGUGAGAAACCAUAUGAAUGUAAUGAAUGUGGGAAAGCCUUCAUUUGGAAGUCACUACUCAUUGUACAUGAGCGAACUCAUGCAGGGGUAAACCCUUAUAAAUGCAGUCAAUGUGAGAAAUCCUUCAGUGGGAAAUUACGCCUUCUCGUACACCAGAGAAUGCACACGAGAGAGAAAACAUAUGUAUGCAGUGAGUGUGGAAAAGCCUUCAUUAGAAAUUCUCAGCUCAUUGUACAUCAAAGAACUCAUUCAGGAGAGAAACCCUAUGGGUGCAAUGAAUGUGGGAAAACCUUCUCUCAAAAAUCAAUUCUCAGUGCACAUCAGAGAACACAUACAGGAGAGAAGCCUUGUAAGUGCACUGAAUGUGGGAAAGCCUUUUGUUGGAAGUCACAGCUCAUUAUGCAUCAGAGAACUCAUGUAGAUGACAAACAUUGAUAAUUUUAUGAAACUCUGAAAAGUAAAUUCACAAGAGAUAGCAACAGAAUCAUAUGUAAAGAGAAACUGUAAGUGGAAUCAUCUUGUCAUCUUCCAGAAAACUCAUACUGAAUAGAAACUUUAUGAAUACACAGCAUAUGGAAAGGCAUCCACAGAAAGCUGUUCUUUACAUGCAAAAAGAUAGUAGACAAUACACAGGAAAACUGAAUUUAGUAACCACUCUGAAAAUUUUGAGCAGCAAGUCAUACCUUUUUUUGAAAAGUUCAUACAGGUGAGGAACCAUGUUAAACGUUGUAAAGUCAUUUUACUAACAUUAGAUUCACAAAGAGGAAACUUCAUUAACCAGAUGAAUAUAGAAUAGACUUCUUUGAAAUUCAUAGUUUACAGGAUUUUAAUGAGAGAAAUUAUUGAGCUAAUGAAUGGCAGAAUUAACAAAAUUACAAACAUUUUAUGUAUUGGAAGCAUAUACCUUGGAGGAACCAUGCUAUAAGGGAAACUUUAAAUCUAGAAAUGACAAACCCCUAGGGAAAAAAUAUAUAUAGGAGUGAACAUCUAUGAAUGUACCAAAUAAGGCACAGCUGGACUCUUAACCUCACCUUAGAAGCUUCAUUCUAAAAAAAAAAAAAAAAAAACAACCAAUUAUUAUAUCUUAAUAUUAAUUUUGAAGAAUUAUUUCCUUUAGGAAUCAUUUUAAGAGAAAUUUUAUUCCAGGUGUUCCAAAAUUUCAGGAAAAGAUUUGAGAAAAUUCUCAAUUAUAAAUAAUAAGAUACAGAUUAUUUCAGUGUACAAGCGAAUCUAGUAAGGAGGUUAAGAAUAAGAAAUAACAUCCUAGAGUCUACAGGGAUAUUUAGAUAUCUUACUAUGUGUACUACAUAAUAUGAAUUUUGCAGUUUGGCAUUUUACUUGUGAAUGCCAUAUGUGAGACAAAAGUAAGUAUCAUCUUCCAGAGAUUUCUACUCUGCAUACCAACAUUGUUUCUUUGUGUCUUACCAAAUGCAACUUGUUACUAGCAUAUGACUUAUUAAAAAUGCAUUUCCACACUGCAAACAUUUUCUAGGGCUAUCUUCUGCCCUUUGGAAGCAGUCUUGGCAGGAACCUCUUUAGUUAUAGUAAUCAAUAUAAGGCACACUUCAUGUGUUUGUGUAGCCUGGAACCUAUUCUACCUUCACUGGUUAGAACAUCUUGAUUUCCUCUUAGAGAAACGUUCCCUCAUGGUGUAUGUAGUGCCCAGGACUUGGCAUGAGCACUAUGGUCAGCUGAGGCUCAGAACUGUACAUUGUUAAUGGGUUUUUCAAGUUCAGAAAAGCAACAUGAGCUUUUGUCCUAUGGUAGCAUCUUGAUGUAGUAAGUAGCUAUUUCAAUAGAGGUUCCCAGAACAGCUUUUGUUACUAUCAUUUUCUUAACUUUGUUCACUUGUCUUUUAUUUUGAGCUAUUGGGUGUGCUUUUAAUACAUUCCUUGUUUGAUUGCAUUAGCCAUUGUGUAUCUAUUGCGUACAGCUUACUAAAUCAGAUGGCUUCAGAAAUGGGUGGUAGAGGAGUAGGCAGAAACUUGCAAGGAUAUGUGGAUAUUUGGAAAUGGUUGUUUCCCAAGACAGGGUGGAAGUCUUUCAAGUCUCCAUUUAUAUUCCAUGGCAGAAACUUGGCCCAUGCUAUGAAGUCAUGAAAUGGAUUGUUGGCAUCAUGUGCUCACUGAGGCUCUGGGGAAAUGGAUAAGUUGUCAUUGAAAAAUUUUAAACAGAAUUCUGGAGUGUGGUCAAGAGGGGACUGCUUUUGAUACCCAUGUAUAACAUGGAGAAUAAUGAUCUUAAAACUUCAAUUUAAGAUUAUGUGUCAUCAGUGAUACUACUUAGUUAUAUGUAGCUAUAGAGUCAGAAUGGUGAAAAAUUCUGCCAGUUGCUUACUCACAAAAUUAGUUUUAUUCACUAUCUCGUCAGGUUUGUUAUGUGAGUGGGCAUUAAUCUGGGAAGAGUGGGACCCUGGCAAUUAGAUUAGGGCUAUCUUGGAGGAGUAUGAGGAUUCAACACUGCAAAUAUUUCUGAAACACCUUGUGCUUUGUACUCUAUUAGAUACCCAAAGAAAUUUUCAUCCUUGAAGCAGAGGAAUUUAAUGAUUUCUGAACGCCUAACUGUUGUGUUCUGCUUAUACAGAAUCCAGUCUCAAGAUACUUGGGGUGAAGAAUGAUGAUUCACAGAAGGGAAGAGAAAUCUUACAUAAACAAAUAAUUGCAGAUAUUUGCUAAAGUAUAUCCCCCAGUCUGGGAAAUACUGUAAAGGUGUAUAUUAUUAUUGAUGUACCAAAGAAGACAAAUGCAUAAGAGAAAGUUUAUAUUCAGCUUACUACUAUCUGGGGUUAGAUUUUACUUUGUUGUUUUUUCAGAUGCAAAUCUACAUGCAGCCUUGCCUGGUAGAAGCCAGAAGUGUUGACAGUAUUGAGGACAGCACUCAGAUACUGUGGGAAAGAAUAAUACUUGAUUAGGACUUAAUAUUGUUUAAUGAAAUGAAAAUUUUACAAAACAGAAAUUGUUAUUGGUUUGUAAAUCUACCUAGUUCUUCUACCCCAGCCCCAGAAAAGAAAGACAUUCCAGAGACUUUUCAGGAAUAGUUAUUAGUUACAAGGAAAAUCCAAGGAAAGAUAACCCCAAUAUUUUACAACUUCCCCAUCAAAUAGAAAUUUAGGAGAAAAAAUGACUUGCAAACCAUAUUUGUGAACAUAGGUUUAAAAAUCCAUAUUUGUGAACAUAGGUUUAAAAAUUCUAAAUGGAAUUAUAGCAAACCAAUGUAUAGCUAACAACAAGAAAGUCAUGAUAUUAGGUUUAACAGACUAUUAGUGGAUCCAGCAGCAUCCUUUGUUCAUUACCAGCAGAAUCACUAUUAUUUAUAAUGGCAGUGUGCCCACUUAAAAAGAGAUAUAUGGGGCCGGGCACGGUGGCUCACACUUGUAAUCCCAGCACUUUGGGAGGCUGAGAUGGUGGAUCACCUGAGGUCAGGAGUUUGAGACCAGCCUGGCCAAUAUUGUGAAAUCCCUCUCUACUAAAAAUACAAAAAAAUAGCAGGGCAUGGUAAUUGACGCCUAUAAUCCCAGCUACUUGGGAGGCUGGGGUGGGAGAAUCACUUGAAUCUAGGAGGCGGAAGUUGCAGUGAGCUGAGAUCGUACCACUGUACUCCACCCUGGGUGACAGAGCGAGACCCUGUCUCAACAAAAGAGUAUGUUUGGAAGAUUUAAUAUUAGAAAAUAUUUUAAUUAACUUUACUACCAGAUAGAACUCAUAGGGAUUAUCUCAGUAUAUGCUGACAAAUCACUUGAUGGAAUUUAAUACCCAUAGAUGACACUAAAAUACUAUUAAGUUGGGAAUUAAAAUUAACUCCUGUAACUUGGUAGGGAAUAUAUGUUCCGAAAACACAAAUGUCAUACUUAAUGAUAAAAUGGUAGAAAGAUUCCUUUAAAGUAAAAUUAGCCAGGGGCAGUGGCUCAUCCAUGUAAUCCCAGCAUUGGGGAGGCUGAGGCUGGAGGAUUGCUGGAACCCAGGAGUUUGAGACCAGCCUGACCAACAUAGGGAGACCCUGUCUGUACAAAAACUUUUUAAAAAAGAUUAGCCAGGUGUGGUCAGGUGCUGUGGCUCAUGCCUGUAAUCCCAGCAUUUUGGGAGGCCGAGGUGGGCAGAUCACUUGAGGUCAGGAUUUCAAGACCAGUGUGGCUAACAUGGUGAAACCCCAUCUCUACUAAAAAUACAAAAAUCAGCCAGGUGUGAUGGCACGUGCCUGUAAUCCCAUCUCAGGAGGCUGAGGCAGGAGAAUUGCUUGAACCCAGGAGGUGGAAGUUGCAGUGAGCCAAGAUUGCACCACUGCACUCCAGGCUGGGCGACAGAACAAGACUCCAUCUCGAAAAAAAGAUUAGCCAGGUGUAGUGGCAUGUGCCUGUAGUCCGAGCUACUGAGGAGGCUGAGGCAGGAGGUUAGCUUGAGUCCAGUAGUUCAAGGCUACAGUGAGCUAUGAUCAUGCCCCUGCACUCCAUCCUGGGCAACAAAGCGAGACCCUGUCUGUAAAAAACAAAGCAAAAUUACAAGAAUGCGCGUCACUUUUAUGAAAUGAGUAACAUCUAGCCAAUGUGUGAAAACAAGGAAUGUGAGGAAUUAGGGAUGGGUGCAGAAACAAAACUGCCAUGAAUUGGAGAUGUGAUUGUAUAAUUAGGAAACCCAAAAUAAACCACAAACAAAUGUUUAGAACUGCCAGUAGAGUAGCAAGUAUACAGUUGUCAGUAUCCAUGGAGGACCCAACCCCCAACCACAGAUACUCCCUGUGGAUGCUCAAGCUCCUUAUAUGGCAUAUUAUUUGCAUUUUUUUUUUUUUUUUUUUUUUUUUUGAGAUGGAGUCUCGCUCUUGCCAGGCUGGAGUGCAGUGGUGUGGUCUUGGCUCACUGCAACCUCUGCUUCCUGGGUUCAAGCAAUUCUCCUGCCUCAGCCUCCGUAGUAGCUGGGAUUACAGGCACACGCUACCAUGCCCAGCUAAUUUUUGUAUUUUUAGUAGAGAUGGGGUUUCACCAUGUUGGCCAGGCUGGUCGUGAACUCCUGACCUCGUGAUCCACCCACCUCGGCCUUCCAAAGUGCUGGGAUUACAGGCGUGAGCCACCACGCCCGCCCAGUAUUUGCAUAUUUUCUAUACACAUUGUUUUGUAUACUUUAAAUCACCCCUACCCAUAGUACCUAAUGAAAUGUAAAAUGCCAUAUGUAAAUAGUUCUUAAACUGUAUUGGUAUUUGUGUUUUUAUUGUUAUUAUUUGUUUUUCAAAUAUUGAGCCAAAGUUGGUUGAAUCCAUGAAUAUAGAGCCCAUGGAUUUGGAGGCCCACUGUGUGUGUGUGUGUGUGUGUGUGUGUGUCUUAAUACCACUGAUGGGUCCUGCAAAAGACAUCUUGCUAAGCAGGAAUUAAUGUCAAAUCAUUUAAGAUUGUCAUUGUGUCAUGAAAGAUUUUGUCAAACAUGACAAUUAUGUCAAUUGAAAACAAGGUAAGUAUAUUUUUAAAAUAUCAUUGACAAAAAUUAGCAAAAGUAUAUAGGAUUAACAAUUUUAUGUAAUCCCAGCACUUUGGGAGGCUGAGGUGGGAAGAUUGUUUCAGCUCAGGAGUUUGAGAUCGUCUGGGCAACAUAGCAAGACCCUAUCUCUACAAAAAAUAAAAAAUUAGCUGGGUGUGGUGGCAUGUGUCUGUAGUCCCAGCUGUGCUAGAGGCUGAGGUGGGAGGAUCACAUGGGCCUGGGAGGUUGAGCCUGCAGUGAGCUGUGAUUGCACCACUGCACUCUAGCUUGGGCAACAGAGUGAGAAGAGAAUUGUGUAAAAUCUAGAAAGAGGAAAAAUUAAAAGUCAUAUAAGAGAAACCUAUUGCAUCAAAGUAGAAACCUAGAGGAAAUAGUUGAUUUCCUAGUAAAAAUACAUAUGUUAGGACCUUGAAGGAAAGUAUAAAAAAUUAGCAUAGAAAAGCUUAGAAUAAUGCUUCAAGAGCUCCCAUUGGAAAAGUCCCCAGGAUCAUAACAGGUUCACAGCUGAGUGUCAACUGACCUUUAACAAAUUGAUUUUAUUUAAAAUGGUCAAGGCCUGUGGAAAAAAAAGGGAUGACUUUCUUCAAUUAAUUUUAUGGUAUAAUAUCAAUUUUAUUUUAUUUUAUAUAUAUAUUUUGAGACGGAGUCUCACUCUGUUGCCAGGCUGGAGUGCAGUGGUGUAAUCUUGACUCACUGCAACCUCCACCUCCCAGGUUCAAGUGACUCUCCUGCCUCAGCCUCCUGAGUAGCUGGGACUACAGGUGUGUGCCACCAUGCCCAGCUAAUUUUUGUAUUUUUAGUAGAGAUGGGGUUUCACCGUGUUGGCCAGGAUGGUCUCGAUCUCCUGACCUCGUGAUCUGCCCCCUCAGCCUCCCAAAGUGUGAGGAUUACAGGCAGGAGCCACUGCACCUGGCCUAAUAUAUUUCAUCUAAUGUAUGAUGUCAAUGUUUGUAAAACAAUCUUUUAUGCACCAGUAUAGAUAUAGAAUGAAUUAACUGUGACUUUCUCAGGAAAAGAAGGAAAAAUGAUGAGUUAACAUCCGUUAAAGCCACAAACUCAUUUUCUUUUUUUGAGACAGUCACUCUGUUAUCCAGGCUGGAAUGCAGUGGCGUGAUCAUGGCGCACUGCAGCCUCAACCUCCCCGGCUCAGGUGAUCCUCCCAGCUCAGCCUCUGGAGUAUCUGGGACCCACAGGCAAGUGUCACCAUACCUGGCUAAUUUUUUGUAUUUAUAUAUUUUUGAGAUGGAGUCUUUUUUUUUUUUGAGACGGAGUCUCGCUGUUGCCCAGGCUGGAGUGCAGUGGCGCGAUUUCGGCUCACUGCAGGCUCCACCCCACGGGGUUCACGCCAUUCUCCUGCCUCAGCCUCCCGAGUAUCUGGGACUACAGCCACCCGCCACCUCGUCCGGCUAAUUUUUUUUUUGUAUUUUUAGUAGAGGCGGGGUUUCACCGUGUUAGCCAGGAUGGUCUCGAUCUCCUGACCUCGUGAUCCGCCCGCCUCAGCCUCCCAAAGUGCUGGGAUUACAGGCGUGAGCCACCGUGCCUGGCUGAGAUGGAGUCUUGUACUGUCGCUCGGACUAGAGUGCAGUGGCGCCAUCCGGCUCACUGCAACCUCCGCCUCAGGUUCAAGCGAUUCUCCUGUCUAAGCCUCCCGAGUAGCUGGAUUACAGACACCUGUCACCACGUCUGGCUAAUUUUUUGUAUUUUUAGUAGAGACAGGGUUUCACCAUGUUGGCCAGGCUGGUCUCAAACUCCUGACCUCAUGGUUUGCCCCCCUCAGCCUCCCAAAGUGCUGGGAUUACAGGCGUGAGCCACCGGCCUGUUAUUUAUUUUUCUUAAUUCUUUGCUAAAGGGCCAGGUAGAGUUAUUUAUUUAUUUAUUUCUUGUAGAGAUGGGGUUUUACCAUGUUUUCCAGUCUGGUUUCAAACUCCUGGGCUCAAGCAGUCCACCUGCCUUGGCCUCCCAAAGUGCUAGGAUUACAGGCGUGAGCCACUGCACCCAGCCAUAAAUCUUCAAUAAAAUCUGAUUUUGGUAUAAAUUAUAUAUUUAAAUUUAAAUAAAGUUGUAAGUUUUAA